CUCGACAUAGAUGCGCGUCCCUACAGCUGUAGGUAGGCACCUGUGUCCUCGGCCCCGAUACCCGUCGCUUUGGUGAUAGGUGUGAGUGCGUUCGUGAUGGUUGCUCUGCCGGUGUCGCUGGCGUGCCUGACGCGUCUGCUGCUGUGUAUAUAUGUAGAUGGCUUUGUUGGCUCGGUGGGUGGGUGCAGGGCCUUGUCUCUCGUUCUGUCGUUCUGUCGUUCUGUCGUGUCGUUGUGGGUGGUUUGGUUGUUUGGUUGGUUGGUGGGAGGAGUUGGUAACACCUCUUCGUUCGUUCGUUCGUUCGUUUGCCGUUUGGUGCUUGCCGUUAGUAGUGUUAGUAUUGGUGUUGGUGUAGGUGCUGGUUUCAGUCAGUGCUAGUUAGCGUUAGUAGUGUUAGUGUCAGUAUCAGUUAGUUGGUCAGUCAGUCAGUCAGUCAGUCAGUGUCAGUGUCAGUGUCUGUUAGGUAUGCCUGCCUCUCUGCCGCC